AGUUGCAGUGAAACGUAUGAGACAAAUGAAUAAAAUUUUUGGUGAGAAGAAAGAAGAUUUUCGUCCAAAUGUUCGAGUGUUACUGAUCUGUAUAAAGUGGCCUAAUGAUUUACAUAACUUAUUGGCAAAAUCCUGAUUUCUAUGCAAAGGUACAUGUUAUGCAAAUAUUAGAAGCGUGAAAAAGCAUGGUAUCGUACGUGUAAUCGAGGUAGGCGAACCAACGAGAGAAAAUCCAGGGAAAGCUCGGGACUAUGUGCCGUGGACUAAAGCGAUACCAGCGAUAAAAAUUGUAAUUAAUCACUCGUUACGUGUCCUGAGCACGCGCGAGCUCGCUCGCUAUGAGCAUAAAUUAUCGUUGGCAUGGCGAUUUAAGCCGGCUUAAUAGGUACUCGAUAAAAAAUGUGAUCCCAUUGCCUUCUACUACUUUCUCUACUAUGUACAGUAUCGAAAGUUAGAAAGAAAGAGAGAUCACUAUUAUGGACAGACAAUGAAUGACGAAGUUUGCAGUCGGUAGAAUCCUCCUGCGCAUGCUCUUCGAAUAAUACAAUAAUGUAAGACAGAAGAAUCCCUCGUGUAAUCGUUGGGAAGAAACAUCUGUUUCCCUACUUGAAUACACCUUUACAAUAUUGCGAGGGAAACAUUAGACAUUAUUUAAUUGCCCGAAGGGGAAGAUUUAUCAAUUUUGCACGAUGGACUUUGAGAUGAAUUUGACUAUUAGAAGGAUGCAGUUAUUUUUACCCUGUCUGUGUACCAUCAUUACUUAUUACACCGUUAUUUAUAAUUUUACAACCGUGAAGCUAAUUUAUGCACAUCUAAUGAAUGAUUAUGAACAGCUCUUGGAUGAUAAGGAAUUGGAUAUUGUAAAAAGAUAUAAUAAAGAAAAUAGAAUAUACAUGUUACUUACUGCUAUCAUCUUCAAUAUUUAUCAUACUUUAAUAAUUUAUCCAUCCAUGUUAAGUGUGAUUUUAUACCUCGUCGGUUUAUCGGGCGAUACUCAAUUAAUAUUGCCAAUACCAGUUAAUUAUAUAACCGAUUCGCGAGUAUUUUAUGGUAUCCUUAUUUAUGAACUUAUAGGACUUACUGCCUUAGCUGUGAUAGCAUUCGUGACUUUCACAACAUAUUUGGUAUUAGUACAACACGCAUGCAAUCAAUUUAGCAUUCUUAUAAUGAAGACACUGCAACCAUUUAAGAAAAAACAGAAUUCUAUCGAACAGGACUUUUAUUAUAGUGGACCUCAGAAGGAGCACGAUUGGAUAGUCGAUAUAAUAAAUCGUCAUAUAAAGACCACGCAGUUCAUUGAUUUGAUAAAUUCUUUAUCCGAGAUGAUUUAUUUAAUCGAAAUUUUCUUUGGGAUGAUUAUAAUUAUUGUUGAUUUUAUUUAUACAUUUCAAAUUGUAUUAGAAAAUACAAGCGAAACAGUAGCCUGUUGUAUCUAUAUCGUUACAUCUCUAUUCCUUAUAUACAUCAACUUUUAUAUUGGACAAAAGCUCUUAGAUCAUAGUAAUGCGACUUACAUGGAAUUGUGUAAAGUUCCCUUCUAUGCGCUUACCGUCAAAACUCAAAAGUUAUUUUUAUUCAUCGUAGCAAGAAGUAUGAAGUCAGCCGAGCUUUCAAUAGGAGGGUUAUUUGUAUCUUCUCACGAAGUUUUUGCAGCGUUAAUACAAAAAGCAUUUUCCGUUGCUACGGUCUAUUAUAAUAUGCAAUAAGCUUAAGUAAUCUCGUAAAUAGUGCAAAUAUUAGAUAUCAAUCUAUUAGAAUGAUUACUUCCAGAAAAAAGAA